AUGGAUAUGCUUAAUGAGCAUAAUUCUGUAGCAAAAGCUUUUCGUAUGGCACGAGAUUGGUGUUCAGCAAAUGAGAAUCAUCCAUGCGAAUUACGUUUGCUUGCACAGAGAGCCAAUUUGCGACAAUAUAGCAACCCAAAUGUUUCUGAAAUUGCUGCCUUGGUGUCAAAUGAUUUUGGGGUGAGUUCAGAGCCUAGGGAUAUUGUAGUGAGCACUACUAAUGGAUUCCUGCAGAGAAUCUCAGAAUUGCAUCCACUUUACAUGGUGUUACAAUAUCCCUUGCUUUUUCCUUAUGGUGAAUCUGGAUAUCAUGAGGGAAUCCCAUAUUUUUCAAACAUUGGUAGAAGGAAAACCAAGAGGAACUGCUUGACAAUGAGAGAGUUCUAUUGUUAUAGAAUUCAUUAUCGACCUAAUGAAGGCACAACUUUGUUAAGAGGCGGCCGCCUCUAUCAACAAUACUUGGUAGAUUCUUAUACUGCAGUUGAAGAACAGCGUCUUCGAUAUGUCAGGACUCAUCAGCCUGAACUUCGGGUUGAACUGUAUGACAAUGUAUGCGACGCUGUCACACGCGGGGACACCAACGCUAAGGCACUUGGUCAAAGAAUAGUGUUACCCGCAACUUUCACAGGAAGUCCCAGGUAUAUGGUGCAAAACUUCCAAGACUCCAUGGCCCUAUGCAGGAAAUUUGGAAACCCGGAUCUGUUCAUAACUUUUAAAGCAAAUCCAAAAUGGUCGGAGGUUGGUCAUAUGUUAUCGUUCAUUCCAGGUCAGAAGUCUCAUGAUCGUGCAGAAUAUGUGGCCCGCGUUUUCAAAUUGAAACUCAACGACAUGAUGCAUGAAAUCAUGAAGAAUGAUAUAUUUGGCAAGGCCUUAGCAGGUUUUUACACAAUUGAAUUCCAAAAGCGUGGACUUCCACAUGCUCAUAUUCUAAUAUGGCUUGAUGAAAUGGCGAGAUGCAAAACCCCGGCAGAUAUAGAUGAUAUAAUUUCUGCGGAAAUCCCUUUGGAAGCUAAUGAUCCAAAAGGAUAUAAAGCUGUUACUGAUUACAUGAUACACAGGCCGUGCGGCCCGGACGCUAGAGAAGCGUCAUGUAUGAACAUGGGAAAAUGCAUGAAGCAUUUCCCAAAGCCGUUUUAUCAGGAAACCACAAUCGACGAAGAUGGGUAUGCUGUUUAUCAGAGGAGGAAUACUAAGAAUACUGUGGUAAAAUUCAAAAUCCCCCUUGAUAACAGAUUUGUCGUCCCAUACAAUCGCAAGGUUGAUGAAGUCAAAAAUUACUUGGAUUGCCGUUAUUUAUCACCGUGUGAGGCAGUGUGGCGGUUGUUUGCACUUGAUAUACACUACUGUAAACCAUCUGUAGUAAAACUAACCUUCCACCUUCCUGAGCAACACACCAUCACCCUACGUGACUCAGAAGACCUACCUGCUCUGCUACACAGACCAAGAAUCAAGGAUACCAUGUUCACCCAAUGGUUUGAACUAAACAAAAGAGAGAAGGAAGCCAGGGCAUUCAAAUAUUCUGAAAUACCUGCCGAGUACGUAUGGGUUAAUAAAGAUAAAUAUUGGAAAAAAAGGAGAAGGAGAAAGAACACUGUGGGGCGGAUUGUUUACUGCCAUCCUGCAGCCGGCCCCAGGUACUAUUUGAGGAUGUUUCUUAACGUGGUCAAAGGACCAAGAAGUUAUAAAGAGCUGAAGACAGUGAAAGGGAGGGUUUGUGAAUCAUUUAAAGAAGCCUGUUAUGCAUAUGGAUUGCUAAAUGAUGAUCGCGAGUGGAGUGAAGCCAUUGCCGAAGCUAAAUCAUGGGCAACUGGCCCACAACUUCGCUAG